AUGGGCAAGUCAAGCUAUAAAUCCAAUGAAUAUGUUGGUGAUUCUGAUUUAGAGGAUUCAGGUACCGAAGACGUGUCUUUUCAGCCGCCAAAACAUUACACCAAAAUUAGCACACCAUCUUCACAAAAACUACCAAAAAUCAAAGACAACGACAAAGAAGUAUGGUUGAUCAAAACACCUAAAGGCUUCCCAAUUCACAAAUUGAAAUCUUUGCCCAUAUCAUUUAAGAAAAGCAAAAAAGCUGAAGCUUUUGAAGUAAAUGAUCAUCUUUUUGAAAUAAGUGAGGAAGUCACAGCUGGAAAACAGGCUGCAAGCGGUGACGAUGAUGAAGAUAAAAAGCACACAAUCUUCAAAGCGGGCAAAAGCGAUACAUUCAGGCCAACAUCGUAUAAGAUUUCCAGAUUCUACAAUAUUCGAGAAACAGUAAAGAUUCCUGAAAUAAACUUUGAAGAGGCGGUUGUGCCACGAAAAGAUGUACCGCAAAUCGAAGGUUUGAGAAUGAGACAUUUUCCUACAGGGUAUGGUCAAAAAGACUACGGUUUGAUGGCAGAAAGUGGGAAAAGAAAAAAAAACGAAGAUGAUGAAAAAGAAGAAAAAGAAGAAGAAGAAGAAGAAGAUAGGAGUAGAGAUAUAGAGGAAGGUAAAAUCUUGAAAAGGGCUAAGGUAGACAAAGACGAAGGUUCACCAAGGAAAGACAAGAAGGAAAGAAAAGAAAAGAAAGAAAAGAAGGAGAAAAAAGAGAAAAAAGACAAGAAAGAUAAGAAGGAAAAGGAAAAGGAAAAGAAGAAAAAGGACAAGAGUUGA